AUGGAUCGCAAACCAAAAGGCUUCGGUUAUGUGGAAUUUGCGACCUUGGAUGGUCUUAAGGCUGCGCUCGAUCUGAGUGGAAGCAACUUGGCCGGUCGCUCGGUGCGUAUCAGUGUCGCUGAGCCUCCCAAAGAAAGGCAAGAUACCCGAGACUUUAGCGACUGGUCAAGAAAGGGUCCUCUUCCAGAUCUGCCAAAUACCCAGCGGAGGGUCUCCGAACGGCCUGGCGGUUUUGGAGGUCGCAAUUUCGACAACUCUUCUGACGCCGGUAGUGAAAGAGGGCCACGACGUGCAUUCGCCGAGGGAGAUGGAAAGGUCAGGGACUUUUCCAACUGGGAGAGAAAGGGACCGCUGUCGCCUGUGUCUCCGGCCCCGACGUCACUCCGCGAGGGUGGUAGGCAAGGUAGCAAGGAGGGAGGAUUCCGCCGAAAUUCUCCAGCAUGGGGUGAGGGCAGAUCUCAGGACGGGUCGCGACCACCAAGGCGCGAGUAUACUGAACGACCCCCGCCCGAGCGAACUCCUACCGCUUCGGAAAUGGACAAUCAAUGGCGAGCUAGAAUGCGACCCGAUGCUCCCGCCAAGGCACCUACUCCCGAGGCUAGCGAGCCUUCUUCACCUGCUCCUGCCGCUGCCGCUGUUCCUGCGACAAGGCCAAAAUUGAACCUGGCCAAGAGAACCGUUUCCGAAGCCGAGCCAGUAACGUCUCCUGCUCCUGCAUCCGACUCGAAAGCAAGCCCAUUCGGUGCAGCACGACCCGUUGACACGGCGGCAAAGGAAAAGGAGGUGGAGGAGAAGCGCCAACUAGCCAUCCGCCAGAGACGCGAGGCCGACGAAAAGGCCAAAGCCGAGAAGGCAGAGGAACGGCGUUUGGCAAAGGAGAAGGCCGAGGUUGAAAAAUCCAAGGAAUCGACGAGCAAGGAUACUAACGAAGCCGCGGCACCGAAGGAGAAUGGCGAAGAGAACUCCCAGCAGCCUACCCCGAAAUACGACAUUCUACGACGCGCCGACUCUGGCACGAACGACAUGGUCGCUGAUGAUGAGAAUGAACAAGGUGAUGACAGUCGGCCUGUUGAUGACAAGGCGGUCAAGCCGAAAGAAGUUGUUCAAAACCCACCCAGCCGUGCCAAUGGAUCAUGGCGCAACAAACCCGUAGAAGGAAGCACAACUGCAGAAUUGGAAGAAGAGGGAUGGAGCACAGUCUCAAAGCCUUCAAAGCAACGAAACAACCGCCGCAACUACCCACCUCGUGCAAUCGCGUCUUGA